AUGACGACAGCUUCCCCGAAGGAAUUUGGAAAAGCCUGGUGGGCCGAGGUUUUAAACAGAAUAAUUGGUGCUGUUGUGUUUUUGGACGACAAUACCGCUGAAUGUCUUCAUUGGGAUGGAGGAUUAUUUAAUCUUCUCACCGGAGGAGCAGUCGCUGUUAAAAGUUUAUCACCUUUUGAGUUUUCGUGUAAAGAACAUAAAAAGGCAGUGUUUAUAACUCAAACAACUUCAACUCAGUUGCAAACAAUUCGUGAAAUAAUAAAGAGCAGCGAAUUUUCACAUUGUAUUCUUAUUUCAUGUAUAAGCUUGGAUUUAGUUUACUUAGAGCUCAAUGAUGGGAAAGAUGUCAGUGAUGUUGUCGCAGCUGGUAAGGCAUCAAGCGAAGCUACAAAGCAACUGGAAGGAAUGCUUGUUGAAUGGAUAGGAAAGAAGCAAUGUGCUACUGAGGUAGUUCAUAUACCAAUAUUCACAAUAUCCCCAACUAAUAUUGUGUUUCUAACACCCCCAUAUCAAGAAAUGUACCCAACAUUUAAUGGGAAGUUAAUCCCUGAAUUAAAUUCUAUUGACUUAUAUACUCUGACCAGUAAGGAACGAUCUCAAGUACGAAGACUUGCCAGUAGUUUAAACAGUAUGUUUGAUUCCAUGAAUUUUAAAGAAGAUAUAUUCUAUAUGGGUGCAUACAGUUCUUUGAUUGCUGGGGUACUAGAAAAUUCUCCAGUAUGUUUGGCACGAAGAAAGAAUUGUUCAAAUCCUGUGUCUUUGAUAAUAGUGGACCGCACAUUAGACCUUUGUGGUGUUACAAGUCAUUCCAUGGAGUCAGUAUUAGACAAAGUAAUGUAUGUGCUACCAAGAUUCCCUGGACAUUCAAAUGAUGUUGCAGUAGAUAUGUCACCACUGUGUGAGGCUAAUAUCAUAUCACAUCCUGAUGACAUCCAAUUGAGUCCGGGAUGUAUUUACCAUGCUAAUGAUGAAGCUUGUAUACAAACAUUUGAUUACAUGGUUAAUAAAUCUCAAAAGGAAGUGAUGUUUGACCUGUAUAAUAAGCUCUCUAAGAUUGAUGUGCAAAAGUCACCAGGACCUAAAACUUUACUUAAAGUCACACCACACAGUUUAGAGAAAAUUGUUAAUGCUUCUAAAGGAAACUAUGACAUAAUAAGCAACCACUUAGGAGUUCUACAGCAAGCUUUAGGUGUAGUACAAACUUUGAAGUCUUCAAAGCGUAAUGAAAUGGAGCUUUUAAUGAAUUUAGAAAGGCAAGUACACCAGAGUCUUUCUGCAAGCAGGGAUUCCACUAGUGUUUUGCAUCAGAUAUGUCAACUUAUUAAGACACGCAAAGAGAGGAGUCUCUCACUUGAAAGUCUAUUAGCAUUGACUACGCAUGUGUACUCCCUGAUCGGGACCGAGGUAUUAUUUAAGAAGCAACAUGAAGACAAUCUUGCCGAGACACUAGGUGUUGCCAUAUUUGAAGAUCAUAAAACUUUCUUUCGCCACUUGGACAACUUAAGUAUUGCAACGCCUGAGGAAUGUGCUGAAAUAGCAAACAGAAUAAUGGCAAGAUUGAAAGAUGUUUCGCAGAUGAGAAAGAUUUUACAUAGGUACACGUCGGUGCUCUGCCCUUGCGUAGCUGGCGGCGGCCACGAGUAUCGGGGAGUGUUGGCGCAGCUCAUUGACGACGUCGUGGACUCGGACCGGCCCGAGCUGCAGGACCUGCGUCACAGGAACGAGGGCCUGAAGGACCUACUGCGCAGCGGCUUCAGCAUGCUCACGAGCAAGAAACCGCGCAGCACGAAGCAUCCACUGGACAAUCCGACGGUUGUACUCUUCGUGGUGGGUGGCGUGACCGCUGAGGAGUGCAAGCAGCUGCAUCGGAGUGUCAUCACCAGCGGCAUUGACAACACCCUCCUGAUCGGCUCCACAAAGUUCGUUAACCCCGCCGAGGCGAUGCGAGACGCUUUGGCCUUA